ACACCACUGUUUUUUCCUUGGAACGGGAAAAGUUUGCCCUCUCUUUACUUUCCUUUUCUUGUUCUUCAUUCCCCAUUGAUGAAUUAAUACGUAGAUUCAUGGAAUCACAAACGCAGCAAUACCCUAAUAACAAUAUCAAUCGUCACCAACAACGAUCAUACGGAGGACGAGGGAGCUCAAGCACGAGCACAAGCACCGCAACAAUGGAAAUGGCGAGACAACCCUUACAGCAGCACUCCGACAACGACAGAAGCAGCGCCGAACUCCGCGCACUCGAUUGUAACCUCACUUCCUUAUGUGAUCAUAUUCAAAUGGAAGGUUUCAACAAUGGAUCCUUCUCAGAUGUAGUCGUUCAGGCCAUGGGCGCUACUUAUCAUCUCCACCGUCUCAUCCUCUCUCGUAGUUCUUACUUCAGAAACAUGCUUCAUGGUCCUUGGAAAGAUGCAAAUGCACCAGUUUUGACCUUGCAUGUGGAUGACAACAAUGUUAACAGAGAAGCCAUUGCUAUAGCUUUGGCAUAUCUAUAUGGAAAUCACCCUAAACUUGAUGACACUAAUGCAUUCCGUGUUCUUGCUGCAGCUUCAUUUCUUGACCUUCAGAAUUUAUGUGCGAUUUGCACUGAUUUCAUUAUAUCAGAACUCUGGACUACAAACUUGUUAGCAUAUCAGGUUUUUGCAGAGGGCCAAAAUUAUGGUGAACAUGGAGAACGUGUUAGAAAUGCUUGUUGGGGUUAUCUUUGUCAAAGUGGGGCCAUGGAGUUGAAAGAAGUGCUUCCAAAGCUUUCCUCUCAAACACUGCAUGCAUUACUAACUUCUGAUGAACUAUGGGUGCCUAGUGAAGAAAAAAGGUUUGAAUUGGCAUUAUACAUCCUCCUCUCAAAAGGUGCAUUUAGUAAAUCAGAACAUCCAGAUCAAAGUGGGCUCCUUUCCAAGACUUUGACCAGUCAACUAUCAUGUGAAGGAGAAGUUCAUGAUGCUGCCCAAACCAUUCUAGUCGAGCUUGCUGACCGGGUUGUGGAUUCCCAAACCGGGCUGCCCGAAUUCAGACGCCAAGUACAAGAAUCCGGAUCCGGGCAAAGAUUUGGGAAUGACAAUGAGUGGGGUAGGUGUGGGGUACCCUUGUCAUGGGGUGGAAGGAUUGUUGGGAGAAGAGAGUUGAAGAGUUGUGCUAAGGGGAUUUGUGGAUUGAAUAGUGAUGAAUAUGAUACUUUUGUUAAUAUAUUUGAAGGGGGGUCGGUUUUGUAUUGUAAUAUGACUUUUGAGGCUCUUUUAAAUGUGAGGAAGCAUUUAGAAGAAUUGGGGUUCCCUUGUAAAUCGGUUAAUGAUGGUCUUUGGCUCCAGACACUUUUAAGCCAACGUAUCCACGAAAUAGGCGCAGACACCUGCAAAAGUUGUUGCCUAGUCAGCAUGGCAUGUCAGUGUAGGCCACCAUACGGAUUCACACGCACCGGUUACUACAUGCAAGAGCACGAUCAAAACACUUCAACAACCGGCAUAGGAGACGUGUACGUAACCGACUCCUCUCAGGGCGAAGUAAAUGGACUAUUUCGCCCUGUGCGCGUGCACGUGCGCGGUACCAUCGACGGGCUAGCGGGUAUCGGACGCGGAUCCACGUACGUCCCCGCAACGGCAUGGCCGCCAACACGUUUUGUGUUCUCGCGUGUCCCGUUUCAUAUGGGGAAUAGGAAUUGUCAGCAGUCGAUUGGGAAUGGGAAUGGGAAUGGGAAUGAUGAUGUGGAGAAUAGAGAGGAACAACAACAACAUCAACAUGGUGGGGAUGGGUUGACUGCUGUGGUGGGGUUGAGUCAAGGGAGUGGGGAGGGGUAUGAUGGGGAUUUUGGUGGGAGGGUGAAUGGGGUGCAGAUGAUGGAUUCUUCGUCUGAAGAUGGUGGUGGAGUUGAAUGGGAGAAUGAAAGUAGUUCUAUAUCGUUGGAUAUGAAAACGCCUUUGAGUCAUUUUCCUCCUUUUCGAUUUGGGGUGGAAUUCCAAGAUGUUCUUCGGCUCAAUGAUGGACAAGUCAAACACUCUCCUGAGUAUUUCUAUGCUGGUUCUUUAUGGAAGGUAAGUGUUCAGGCUUUCAAUGAUGAAGAUCCUCAAGGGCGUCGAACUCUUGGAUUGUUUCUUCAUCGAAGGAAGGCAGAGAUACCUGAAUCAUUUAGAAAGGUUCAUAUGUAUGUGGAUGCUCGUGAGAAGGUUACUGCUCGUUAUCAGUUAAUUUGUCCAUCAAAAAGAGAAGUGAUGGUGUUUGGAAGCUUUAAACAACCAGGAACCCUUUUACCAAAAGCUCCCAAAGGAUGGGGUUGGCGUACAGCUUUGUUAUUUGAUGAACUUGGAGAACUUUUACAGAAUGGGUCCUUGAGGAUAGCUGCUGUUGUGCAACUUAUAUGACUUACAUUUAAAUUAUUUUUAUUUUCUUUUCUAGUAUUAAAAUACACCCAUAUUUGCUAUUUGCUA